AUGGAGAAAGCGUUCAACAGGCAACGAGUUCUGCUCGACCACCUUCGACCUUCUUCCUCUUCUCUUCAUGGCACCGACUCUUCUUCUCUCUCCGCAUCGGCGUGUGUGGCUGGGGAUAGCGCUGCAUAUGCAAGGACAAAUGUCUUUGGAGAUGAUGUGGUCAUCGUAGCUGCUUAUCGGACUCCAAUUUGCAAGGCUAAACGUGGGGGCUUCAAAGAUACUCAUGCUGAUGAUCUUCUUGCACCUGUUUUCAAGGCGGUUAUAGAGAAAUCCAAUCUCAACCCAAGUGAGGUUGGGGAUAUUGUUGUGGGUACGGUGUUAGCUCCAGGAUCUCAAAGAGCCAGUGAAUGCAGGAUGGCUGCCUUUUAUGCUGGCUUCCCUGGCAGUGCUGAUGUAGCUGCAUCUAUAAGAGCAGGAUUUUAUGAUAUUGGAAUUGGAGCUGGGUUGGAAUCCAUGACUGCAAAUCCAAUGGCAUGGGAAGGAUCAGUUAAUCCUAAAGUGAAGAUCUUUGAACAGGCCCAGAAUUGCCUUCUUCCUAUGGGAGUCACCUCAGAAAAUGUUGCGCAUCGCUUUGGUGUUUCUAGGCAGGAGCAAGAUCAAGCUGCUGUCGACUCUCAUAGGAAGGCAGCCGCUGCUACUGCCACUGGUAAAUUUAAAGAUGAAAUCAUCCCUGUGGCGACCAAGAUUGUUGACCCUAAAUCUGGUGAGGAGAAACCUGUUACAAUCUCUGUUGAUGAUGGGAUUCGGAACACAACAUUGGCAGACCUGGCAAAGUUGAAGCCUGUGUUUAAGAAAGAUGGGAGCACCACUGCUGGUAACUCUAGUCAAGUUAGUGAUGGUGCUGGAGCUGUUCUCUUGAUGAAGAGAAGUAUUGCUGAGCGAAAAGGAUUGCCAAUUCUUGGUGUAUUCAGGAGUUUCUCUGCUGUUGGUGUGGAUCCAGCCAUCAUGGGUGUUGGUCCAGCUGUUGCUAUUCCAGCUGCAGUCAAGGCUGCUGGUUUAGAGCUUGAUGAUAUUGAUCUUUUUGAGAUAAAUGAGGCUUUUGCAUCCCAAUAUGUAUAUUGCCGUAACAAGUUGGGACUUGAUCCAGAAAAGAUCAAUGUGAAUGGAGGUGCACUUGCCAUUGGGCAUCCACUUGGUGCAACAGGUGCACGAGCGGUUGCCACUUUAUUGCAUGAGAUGAAGCGUCGUGGGAGGGACUGCCGCUUUGGAGUGAUCUCUAUGUGCAUAGGCACAGGGAUGGGGGCAGCAGCUGUUUUUGAAAGGGGGGACAGCACUGACGAACUCUGCAAUGCUCGGAAAGUCGAAUCCCCCAAUCAUUUAUCCAAGGAUGCUAGGUAG